AUGGCGGUGGGGAGUAGUGGUGUGGAGUUGGGCUGGGUCGCCUCGUUGCGGGAGCCGGCAGCUGCUGCGAGCGUGGCCGUGCCUAGCAAGAAUCGGGCUCGGGGGUCAGGUGGGCACAAGGCGGCUGCAGCCGUGGGUCGGGAGCAGCAUAGCCGGGCACCGUCAAUAGCGCGGCGAACUUCGUCCCCGCCUCGACGCAGCAAUGCCAGCCUCGCUGAUCUGUGUCUGGAAGACAAACGUCGGGUUGCACGUCUGGUGCACGAAGUUUCGCGCCUGGACCAGGAGUAUCGGGGCGCGCUGGAGCAGCUGGCUUCAGCGCAGCGCCAAUUAGCUUCCCAACGUGCCUCACCCAGCUAUGAAACGCUGGACGUCGGUCCUCGUCCUGCACCAGUCUCUACCGCCAGGUAUCUGAGCCACAGCCUCGACGACCAUGCGAGAAGGCGGCCAUCCCCCGAGCAAAGGAUUGCCGGUGGAAAUGUUGUCCAAGCUUCUCCCCUCGUACCCUCCAGUGUGCCCUCUCAGGAGGUGGCUGCACUGCAGCAACAGAUUGAGCGCCUUAUGGAAGCCGUCCAUGAGCUGCAGCAAUCGCGAUCUCCUCACGAGCGCGGAGUGGCCCUCGGCGGCUCGCAGGGUGGCUUGUGUGUGGCUGAUCUGGAGAUGGAUGCAGCAGAAGGGAGCAAUCGCGCAUCCUCGGGCAUUGCCCCGACCUCGCCCGCGAAGAGCCCCGCCCGCUUCGAGGCGGGGGUGCAGACUGAACCUUUGCCGCAGCGAACUAUCGAGACGCAAACCGAGGCCACGCAUGGCUUUGGUGGCCCAAGAGAGCGCUCAGGCUCUUCCUCCCCCACUUUCUCCCAUUUAUCUGAUGAGAGGGCACCGUCGCCUUCCGUUAUGGAUGGGAAUGUUCGACCACAACAGCUUGAGACCCAAGUGCCGAGCUCGGGGCAAAACGGUCUCCGGGCCCAAGACCGGCCCUGGUUAGCUGACCCAAGAGCGGCGUCCCCGGGCACGCUGUCGCUUGUGGACCUAGUUGAGCACAUGGAUCGGCAGCACCUGCCCCCGCCAUCGUCCCACUGGACUCCUAUGCCGGCUCCGCUCAAAGCGGGAUCAACAAAAGAAAGGAGGACGUAUGAACGGCUUCAGAACAGGGUUCAAUUGAGGUCUUGGGAGACCUGGUGCUUCACAGGCUCGAUCCAUCCAGACACGCACGUCAUUUCGGGACAGAGAACGCUUCAAAGCGACAACACGUUGGCUAAGACAAAGCAACACCAAAAGCAGAUCCACGCAGGGGAGAACAAGCGCGAGCCACACGGCUCGCCGCAAAAGACAGCAAAAGAAAAACCAAAAAGAGAGAACCGAUAGCAACAAAGUAGCUCGCGAGCAGACGACCAUGCGCGCUCGAAUAAGUGAUCGCGCCAACACACGUGCGCAGACGCGCCCAUCAAUGACACGCCAAUACGCACGCACACGAGAUUGCUGAUCACGUUCCGAACAGCUGAGCCUCACCAAGCCGUUGACACCCCAUCGGUAAACGCACAACAAGCUAUAGGGUAAUCACUCUAAAAAACCCACCCCACAGCGGCCUUCAUCCACACCCCAUUGUCUUGCAAAUGAAGCAAGCAUGCCACAGGCAGGUCCAAAAACCAACUGGACUGGGGUCAAAGCAGGACAGAAUGGUUGCUUCGUCUCCUUGAGCUCAGUGCGCUCGCUGCCGCGCGGCGGUGCGAUUGAGGGAUGUUAAUGGUUGAGCCGAGGAGUGGCAUGCUCAGUUCUCCUCGAGCUUGCGACGCAGAUGCUCCU